GUGACCCACACACAUUAAUUAGGUUCAUGUUGUUAUCUACACCCUAACACAUCAGUGGAGGCUGGAUGUGUAUAUUUGAGCGAUCAAUUUUUAGACUUUACAUUUGAUAUCCAAAGGUGCCAGCCAUGUUUCUCAAUGAGGUGUUCACGUUGGUGGUGUUGAUGGUGACUAUCACACCAACUUACUACAGCAAAGUCGACAACCCUAACGCUAAGCGGUGUGAAAGCAAGAUAGCAGAGUGCGGGGAGCUGACCCCACCAACCGCCCAAUACGGACGUAUGGACUGUCAGUUCAACCUCAAAUCUUGCGCCUACAGCUGCGUCCUCAAGUGUAACAGGCGACCGGACGGGAAACUGCUGCCCAUAUCCAACAAAAAGCACGCCAAGGAGAUGUACGCCUGCACGAAUGGCGUCUGGAAGCGGAAAGAGUCUCCCAGGGCCUUCUGUAUGGCAAACCUGCAGGUCAAGGAAGUGAAACAGAAUCUGUUCCACGACGAGGACAUCAGCGUCCUGAUCCAGAGACUCUUCAACACAAGCUACUACUACCUAGCCAUGGCUUCCUUCUACGAGAGAGCGGACGUGGCUCUGCCAGGGUUCAGCAAGUUCAUGACAAACUUGUGGCAGACGGAGUUGGAUCAGGCGAGACAAUUCUUAUCCUACGUCAACAAAAGAGGAGGAUUUAUCGCCCUUUAUGACAUUCCCCGCCCCUCCUCCUACGACAUGCUCCUGCUGAGGUUGGAAUCUAAACCAGGCCUGGCCGGCAUGGAGGCGGCACUAACAGCCCUCAGGGACGUCAACAGCCAGGCACUGGACCUGCAGAAACAAGCCAUCGCCGUCAGGAAGUUUGCCGAUCCUCACCUCAAGUCUUUUGUAGAAGAUCAUAUACUCACCCAGAAAGUCGAGGCUAUCAAGCGAGUUGCAGACAUCAUUACACGUCUGCAGAGCUUCAGCGGGGAGGAUUAUUCCCUUGGUGAGUACACCUUGGACCUGGAGCUACAGGGAUGAUCGCUGUGACGAUUAUUGCAAUCACAAACAAGAACUUUAAUUCCAAGCUGUUUUUUAAAUAGUCGAAUUACCUGGAAAUCCAAUUUUUUUAAAGAUUUAUUUGAAUAGUAUUUUUAAAAAAUUAUUUUUUUUAAAUUAUUUUUUUUUUGAGGCCGAAAUAAUGUGGUACAAUGGCAACAAUCUUAGUGGCAUGAUAGAUGUGGGGGAGGGGUGUUCAAGAAGAGUGAGGCCUGAUUAUUUUUUUUUUAAUUUUAUAAAUAAAUAAAAAAUUGCUGAAAU